AUGAGGUUGAUUUUCAGCUUUGCCACCCUGAUCUACCAUGCAUUCACCUGUGUUGCAUAUUUAUCUCCUUUGGUUGGAUCGGUACUUGCUGAUUCAUAUCUGGGCAGGUUCAAGGUAAUACUCUACGGUUCAUCUAUCUACGUGCUUGGCCAUGUACUACUGUCCUUCGGAGCCGUGCCAACGUUGGGUUUAGAUGUCCGGACGUUUUUCGAUUAUGGUGGUCUCUUUGUGAUCGCCUUAGCCACGGGAGCUAUUAAGCCGUGCGUGUCUGCGUUUGCAGCCGAUCAGUUCACGGAGGAGCAGCAGGAUCUUCGGGCACAAUUCUUCAGUUUCUUCUAUUUCGCCAUCAACGCCGGCUCAUUAUUCGCCAUCAUUUUAACGCCAAUUCUUCGUGGUCGAGUGAGCUGCCUGGGAUCCCAGUACUGUUUUCCAUUGGCUUUCGGAGUUCCUGGCGUACUCAUGGUUGUCGCUUUGCUGUUCUUCCUCUGCGGUUGGAAAAUGUACAAAAAGUUCCCACCCAGCCGUGAGAAUAUCGCUGGCGCCGUAAUUCGAUGUAUAUGGUUGGCUGGAACUCGGACACUAUUUGGGCGUUCAUCGAAGCCUGUGGCUCACUGGUUGGAUCGAGCUGCCCCAGAAUUCUCUUCGGAGAUGAUCCAAGCCGUGCGAUCGUUUGUCAAUGUGGCAGUCAUCUUUGGGCCGCUCGUAUUCUUCUGGGCUCUUUUCGACCAACAAGGUUCAACAUGGGUGCUUCAAGCUCGUCGAUUGGAUGGACGAAUCGGGUGGCUUACCGUACUACCUGAACAGAUCAAUAUCCUCAAUCCUCUUGUCGUUCUCAUCAUGGUACCCGUGUUCGAAGGAUUCAUUUACCCAUGUGCACGAAAGGCCGCAAUGGGUUCGGUGAGAGUUUUGCACGUGCACGACAACACAAUGGAAAGCGAUUACCAUGAAUUGGUACGUCCUAACACGGUGUCGAUCCUGUGGGUGCUGCCGCAAUACUUCGUCAUCACCCUCGGCGAAGUCCUGCUAUCGGUUACCGGCUUAGAAUUCGCCUACUCUCAGUCAGCGCCCAACAUGAAGAGCGUCCUACAGGCCCUUUGGCUUCUUACGGUGUUCAUGGGCAAUGUGAUCGACAUGGGCAUCAGUGGUACCCAUAUCAUUCCCGAACCGGCUACCGAGUUCUUCUUUUACGCUUUUCUCAUGAUACUCGUAAUGGGAAUUUUCAUUUUACUAGCCUGUCGGUACACCUACGUGGAAAACGGAGAGGAGGUGCAACCGACGCAGAAAAAAGAGCAUGUCAUCUCUGAGGACACCACUUGCUAG